AUGUCUUCGACUUCGCAUAAUAAGGAGAAAAUCUUAGAGUUCUGUUCAUUCUGGGUCACAGGGUCGGCUGCUGGGAUGGCUACGCAAAAGCUGCUGACUAGGCACUUUAGUAGAACAAAUGCGAGGAAUAUGCAGGUCAUAUAUUCAUCAGAUCUACACACUUCGCUUGACAAAGUAGCAAAAUCUCUUAUUAUUAAUUACUGUGCUAUGCAUUCACCUCGUCCGUUGAUUAUAAACUUUACAUUCCGCGUUGCAAAGAUAUGCGCACAUAUGAGUGGAGAACAGCCGUCAUCCGUCCUGAAUGACAUUUUAAACCACAUUAAGCCGAAUCAGCCCACAAAUCCGAAAGUCACAAUCGAAGCAAUCAUUUCUCUCCCUAACACCACCACAUUCCUCUCCAUCCAUCCAUCUCCAUCCAUCCAUUCAGCCUCCCCACUUACUCCCACCCAAACCCCCUCGGAUCCAACCUCUCGGUUCCCCUCCUCCAAAGCCUCAACUCCCACUCCGGCGCCUCCACCCUAUUAUAAAUCCUCGUCGCUUGUCCACACGCAUUCCACACGCCCCUCAAGUACCACGGCCACUGCGCCGGAAAAUAACCCUGCAGAUCCACCCAUUCCAAUCCGCGAAACCUGGCGAUCGCCCAUAUAA